AUGUUGACAGUUCUGCUGUGGGCAGCUGGAAUCUUUGCUGCUGGAAGUGCUCGCUCCUCCAAAUAUGGCACUUCGAUCCAUACUGGCAAGACGCUCCAGGAACUCGUAGAUAAUGGCUUACGGAUUGCCAUGAUAGUUGGUUCUUCUGGCAAAAAAUACUCGCCGGCCUAUGAAGUCUCUGCUAUCGCAAUGUCAACCACCUUCUUCCCAGUUACUGAGGCUGAAGGAAUUAUUUCUACAUUUGGUAAUGAUGGUUUUGGACGAGCUACAGAUGACUUGUAUGUGGCUUUCGUUGGAGACCCACACUUGAGACUCUUCCAACUUGCCAAAUGUGUUGGUGGUGAAUCUGAACGAAUCUUGAAAAUUGGGUCGACUGUUGAAUAUCAACCAUCGUCUGGAGCACCAUUUCACAUUGGGAGUUCUUUGACAAAGAGCUGGCAGAAGUUUAACUUUGUACAAAAUACUGCUCUGGACAAUAGUUGGAAAUAUGAAUUGGCUCAAGCAUACCGAGGCAAUGACUGGAUUACUAUUUAUAAACCAAAGUAUUCAACAAUCAACAUUGCUACUUCUGCUCCCUCUGCUCCUGUAACAGGAGGUUUCUUUGGCACACUAUUUGGUGGUUAUUCUCAACCGUCUGCUCCUCCAGCUACUGAUUAUGGCUUCUAUGAACCAUCAGCUCCUACCGCUUCAUAUGAACCAUCUGCCACUCUGAAGAAGCUUUACGAUGAUGGGCUCUAUGGAUCUCUAGUAUUCGCACCGACAGAUGAAGCAGCUGCUUGGAUGCCAGGAGAACCAUUUACCUUAACUGCAUUUGCAGUUCCCAAAGACUAUUAUACUGUCAAGCGGGUCCUUGACAAGAUUGACGGUAUCUCCGGUCUUGUCCCUGGCAUUCGCUUUAUUACCAUCAAGGGUGAUACACAGGGAAGACUGUUUGAGCUCAAGAAAUAUGGUGGUGACUGGGUUAUUGACCGUGUAGAAGACAAGGGGAUGGAAGGGGCACCAUUCGAGCUAGAAGGUCGUCUUAAACAGGGUGAUUUGAAGCACGCUUACUUUGCGUAUAAUGAGUUCAAGUUUGUGCCUUGGUAUACUGCCGAAAAAGGAUAUGUCAAAACAGCAGUCUUUGGAACCAAAACGGUUCCUGUAUCAUUUGUGCAAGGAAUUUAUUAUGAUUCGGUAAUAGAUCUCUUUUCUAUGCCCGUUGGAUCGUGGUCAUAG